AUGUCUCGUCUCUGCAUGUCUCGUCUCGUGCUGCAUGUCUCGUCUCAUGCUGCAUGUCUCGUCUCAUGCUGCAUGUCUCGUCUCAUGCUGCAUGUCUCGUCUCAUGCUGCAUGUCUCGUCUCAUGCUGCAUGUCUCGUCUCAUGCUGCAUGUCUCGUCUCAUGCUGCAUGUCUCGUCUCAUGCUGCAUGUCUCGUCUCAUGCUGCAUGUCUCGUCUCAUGCUGCAUGUCUCGUCUCAUGCUGCAUGUCUCGUCUCAUGCUGCAUGUCUCGUCUCAUGCUGCAUGUCUCGUCUCAUGCUGCAUGUCUCGUCUCAUGCUGCAUGUCUCGUCUCAUGCUGCAUGUCUCGUCUCAUGCUGCAUGUCUCGUCUCAUGCUGCAUGUCUCGUCUCAUGCUGCAUGUCUCGUCUCAUGCUGCAUGUCUCGUCUCAUGCUGCAUGUCUCGUCUCAUGCUGCAUGUCUCGUCUCAUGUUGCUCAUCCGAUACCCUCGUGUCAUGGAGCCAGAAGGGAAGUAACAGCAAUAGAGGGAAGGGUGAGGAGGGCAGGCGGCGCAGGGGCAGAGGCGGCAACAGCAAGAGCAAAGGCAGGGGGCAAGGAGGCGAGGUGAUUGGCGGGUGGAGGGAUGUGUUUGACAGCAUCGUGCGGUGGAGGCAGAUUGCCGAGCCCACCGACACCGUUGCGUGGAUCGAUGCUCUCAACAGGAAUGAGUUUGAGGGUGGGUUUGGGUCCAUCACAUCCAUGGCGGUGGGCCCCUCACGCAACCUCAAGUACCACCCGCUCACCCCCCGCGCCCUCGCCCUCCUGCGCUCCCGCCUCCUACAAACCCGCCUCGCCGCCAACGCUGCUGGCUCGCCGCUCCCUCUGCCAACCAGCCGACUGCCCGAGGUGAGUGGUGCAGGUCAAGAGUCUCUGCGUGUGUGCCCCUCUCACUGCCUGUGUGCCCCUCUCACUGCGUGUGUGCCCCUCUCACUACGUGUGUGCCCCUCUCACUGCGUGUGUGCCCCUCUCACUGCGUGUGUGCCCCUCUCACUGCGUGUGUUCACCUCUCACUGCGUGUGUUCACCUCUCAUUGCGUGUGUGCCCCUCUGUCUUGUGAUCAUCGAGAGGGCGGAGGGGGUGGGCGAGGUGCAUGCGGUGGUGGGGGAGAACUUCUUUGUCACCACCGAGUGCCAUAGCCUCGCUUCCCCGGGGGGUGAGGGGGUUAAGAGGGGUGAAGGGGUUAAGAGGGGUGAGGGGGUUAAGAGGGGUGAGGAGGUUAAGAGGGGUGAGGGGCGUGAGUGGGCUGAGGGGGGUGAAGCGCCAAUGCGUGCAGUGCCUGUGUUGCCCACAUGUGGAUGUCAACUCGCUUUGCCCGUGCCAUCAUCUGAUGCAAUCAUCCUGUUUAUCCCUGUCAUGUGUUUAACCCGCCACUCACUCACCUGUCUCCUCCUGCCCCCCCUGUUCUCUGCCCCCCCUGUUCUCUGCCCCCCCUGUUCUCUGCCCCCCCUGUUCUCUGCCCCCCCUGUUCUCUGCCCCCCCUGUUCUCUGCCCCCCCUGUUCUCUGCCCCCCCUGUUCUUUGCCCCCCCUGUUCUCUGCCCCCCCUGUUCUCUGCCCCCCCUGUUCUCUGCCCCCCCUGUUCUCUGCCCCCCCUGUUCUCUGCCCCCCUUGUUCUCUGCCCCCCCUGUUCUCUGCCCCCCCUGUUCUCUGCCCCCCCUGUUCUCUGCCCCCCCUGUUCUCUGCCCCCCCUGUUCUCUGCCCCCCCUGUUCUCUGCCCCCCCUGUUCUCUGCCCCCCCUGUUCUCUGCCCCCCCUGUUCUCUGCCCCCCCUGUUCUCUGCCCCCCCUGUUCUCUGCCCCCCCUGUUCUCUGCCCCCCCUGUUCUCUGCCCCCCCUGUUCUCUGCCCCCCCUGUUCUCUGCCCCCCCUGUUCUCUGCCCCCCCUGUUCUCUGCCCCCCCUGUUCUCUGCCCCCCCUGUUCUCUGCCCCCCCUGUUCUCUGCCCCCCCUGUUCUCUGCCCCACCGCCCUCGCAUGUGGCGGUGCCAGCGUGGUGCUCAACGGUACGCAGCUCACCGUUGUCCAGUCGGGGGCGGGGUUUGACUUUGCCAUCCGCACGCCCGUCACGCCGCCGCUCUGGAAGCACUUUGAUGCCGAGCUCGCUGCCGCGUGCCGGGUCCCUGCUCUGCCCCUUUACUCUGCUCACCUCACCUCGCAUUUCAGUUAUUUGGUGGACUGGGAGGCCAUCCUGGUGCCGCACUUUGCAGCCUUCAACGCGUCGGUGGCGCCGUGGCUGUACGACCCCACCACCGUGCUCUCUGCGCCCUCCCACCUGCCGCUCGUGGCCCACGUGCUGCCCUCCACACGCCACGUCAUCGCUGCUCUCAACCACCAAGGCUGA